AUGGAAACGGACGGUAAAAAUUUCCCAUGGCACUGGGACACGAAGCCCAAACCUCUACAUUUAAGGAAGAAAUCUAGCACCCAAGUUGAGCGACCCGAACAACAAGCUGGCAGAUCCCAUGAAGGAGAAACACACGCCUUGAAUUUUCAACCACGAACAUCAUCAAGCUCCAGGAAUACCCACUCGGGAUCCUCGCAUGACAAAAUGGAUGUCCGCAAAGGAAGACAAGCUGCGGUGACAUCAGGCAAUAACUCGCUCAGUGCGCGCUCAGAAUGUGCAACGACCCAUAUGUCUAGCUCCUCUACUAGAGACGCGCUAUCCAUCGAUACAACACAUUCAACUGUCUCGGAUAUAAAGGGCGAAUAUCUUUCUGAUUCUUCUUCAGCUAUCACGGGUGACUUCGUGGAUGUCAACAAAAGGAGAGCAGAUCUUUUCGCCGCUAGAAUGGGUGGACAAGGACUAUUCAAUUCUCCCGCUCAUGCUGUCAAGAUCACCCGUCAUGAUAAUCGGUACGAAUUUGAGCCGGACACUCCAGAUAUUCUUCAAGUGGAAGAACAUUCUCACACGAGUGUGCUCACAACAAGACGCGAAAGUCCUGUUCAGGCUGUCAAGAUCACCCGACGUGGUAACCGUUACGAAUUUGAGCCGGAGACUCCAGAGAUUCUUGACGUGGAAGAAUGGGCCCAAAUGAGUGAGCUUGCAACAAAACGCGAAAGCCCACCACUUUUCUUCCCGACUCCUCGAAUAGGUCAUAUUAAGAAUGCUCGCUCUGCCGGCAAUGCUCGCGACAUGGGUGAGCUAUUACGUCCGUUGGUAUACCAACCGCAAGGUUCACAUCCAGCCAGACUUCAAAGAAGCGGUUCUUCUCCUCAAAUAGGAUGUAUGAGAUCUACAGGAUGGGAGAGCAUGGAUCAGUCCCCCAAUUUACCAAACUUUGUAGACGAGUACGGUUCUCGAGGUGCAUCGGCUCGUCAGCUUCGUGGUAUGUCUGAGUCGGUAGGUCCACAACGUGGCCGGCAAAACGUAGAAUGUAGCUCCCACGAUUGUUCAGAGCGUUCUGGUCACAAUUGCAGAGAAACCUACUCAUCUUCUUCGACUCAAUCACAUCAGUCCUCAAACGUACUGUCUCGGGGACAUAGCCACGACUUAGGGUCAACAAAUUCCCAUAAGGAGCGUUACAUUUAUCAAUCGCCGAACAACAGCGUAAAUUAUGCUUACGAGCACGAUACCUAUGCUAGAGGUCGAACUGCAGAUUGUCAUGUUAGGUUCCCACUUGAGACACCUAGCCCCCACGCGAACCCACCAAAAAGGUCCCGGUCGCCAGUUAAGAGAUUUUUUGCAUCGGACACUCCGUCGCCGUGGAGGAAGGAGUUGUGGGGAAAGCAAGGGUUAUUUGGAGAGGAAAUGAGAGUUCCUGGUGAACGGGAGUCAGAGGCAACCGAUUGGCAGAAGAGCACCCGUUCACGGACAAAUACAAGCUCUUCUGACCAACAAAAGAAAAGCGGCAUGAUCAACAUGUUAAAAAACAAGAUAGGUGGAUUUAAAGAAAAGGUGGAUUUGACUCCUAAGAGUAGCAAUCGCAGAAGAAAUGAAAACCCUGUCGAGACAACUCAGCUCAAGAUAUCGCUUCUUCCAAAAGAUCAAGCAGUGAUAUAUAUGGAGCUCGAAUUUUAUCUACAUCAAACCGCAAAUGCCUUCUUACUGGCGCAGUUGAAGGGAGCGCGCAUAUCGCCUGAGGCGUGGAACAAAGUCAUCAAUAAGUGGAGGGGCACACAUCCUACUGUUAAAGAAUUCAUGUAUGAUCAAGCAACGCAGCAAGAAUUCAUUGCCAGCAACCAACGCGCAUUCCGAUUCCAUGGGGAGCAUGCAAGCGAUGAGGUCAAAGUCAAUGCUGUGCUUUCCAGCUGGGCAGCGAUCGCUAAGCAGAUGACGUUCCACACGUAUUGCGAUGGUGACUUUAUCCUCUGGAAGUUGAUCCACGACGUAAAACAAAUCCUGGAAGUCCUUGGUGCAGUAGAUUCGGUUAUGCUCAAUAUCGAAAACCUCGAAAGCAAAUUUCCGAGAAUGAAGAAUGAAGUGCAGCAAGAAGCAUACUUGAGCCAGCCAAGUAACGAUUCCGCUUUUAGUAUUACUCCUGAAUACAUGGUACAACCAGACAGGUAG